GGCUUUACAAAAUUAGCAACCAUAUUCUGCGUAGAAAGAAAAACGCAUGAAAACUCGAAAACACGCGUUUUCCCAAACAUAAGACUAAUCUAGAUAGAUUGUAUACCCCCAAAAACCCCCAUAUACCAAAUUUCAGCGAAAUCGUUAGAGCCGUUUCCGAGAGCACAGAAAUAUAUAUACAUAUAUAUAUACAAGAAUUGCUCGUUUAAAGGUAUAAGAUUAAUAUUCAAUUAAGUUAUGAUUAAAUAUAGGUCGUUAACAAUGCUUAGCUACGUAGAUAUUUAUUGCAAUUUACUAAUUAACAUCGCACGUGCAGAUAAAGAUAUGUAGGUAAUAAACUAAUAAAAUAAGCGUGAAAAAUUGUACUGAUAAUAGGUACCUAUGUAUUUAGCUUUGAUACUGAUUUUUCCUGGCAUACUCGUACCUUUUUUUCGUGAAGCUUGUUUUUCGUUAAAAACGGUUAAACAUGAAAAGAUUUCGGGUGUGGAAUUAUCUCGUAUGCUAGUUAUGUGUUUGAGUCUAGUUGCUUAAUUGUAAAUAAAUUAUAUUUGCCUUAAUUGGUUCCAGAUGGUACUUCCUAAGCGAUGGUGCCGUUCCCGUCGCAUCGCGGCUUUGGCGCUCUUUGCCGCGUCUCUGUUCGCCGUGUACUACAUGUACUCAACGACUGAUAAUACUGAACAGAACCUGGAUAUUAGCAGAAGGACCGCCAUAAUAAAGUACAUAGAUAACAAGUUGCAAGAGGCCUUAAAAUUGGAUAAGGGGUCGGGGUGUGAGCUACCGGAGCUGGAUCCUUUUUCCAAGGAGGUCACACAGUUUGACAAGACGUACCCGAAGAUCACGUGCCAAGGGCAAGACUGGGUCAAAUGCUACCACUCAAAAUGCCGAGUAAUAGACGUCAUAAAAUACCACCAUAAAGACAUAGCAUGCACAUUCAGAGACAUACUGUACCAAAGCGACCAGAAAUAUACCAUUGGACCCCCUUCGCAAGUAGGGAGAGACGAGGUAUAUUAUGAGUUGAAGAAAAGCGACCACGUUAAAGUGUCAUGUGUUGCGUGGAGUAAAUCCGAUAACAAGAAUAUCCACUGGUCUGGCAACACACUAGGCUUCCGUCCCGUCCCACCCCUCCCCUCGCCCCCGGGCCGGGAGAAUUCUAUCAACGUCCUCAUAUUUGGCUACGACUCGACGGCCAGAAAUGGCUUCAUCAGACGGAUGCCGAAAAGCUGGCAGAUGCUGAAGGAUAUUGGAGCUACUGUUAUGGAAGGUUACAACAUCGUAGGAGACGGAACACCUGCAGCUCUCUUCCCUAUUCUCACGGGCCAGACAGAGCUUGAACUGCCCGAUGUUAGAAGAAGCAAACACAACAAUGCCAGCCUGGACUCCUUCCCUUUCAUAUUCUACAAGAUGAAGCUGGACGGGUAUCGCACAGCCUUCUUCGAAGACAUGCCAAACAUUGGCACCUUUCAAUACCGCUUCAACGGCUUCCGCCAUCAGCCAGCCGACCAUUACCUCCGCUCCUUCUUUUUGGAGGACCUCACCGCAAGGAGGAAGAAGGGAAUGCCCUACUACUGUCUCGGCGACACGCCGCAGUUUAAAGUCAUGAUGAAUAUUACUGAACAGUUCUUGGACUUGGGCGGCAAGCGUUUCAUAUUCACUUUCGUCGUGGACAUCACUCACGACGACUUCAACCAUAUUCCCAGCGCCGACGACGACACCGCUGCGUUGCUGCGUAGCCUUCUGUCUAGGCACGCUGAAGAUACGCUUAUAGUCGUUAUGGGGGACCAUGGACCUAGAUUCGCGAACGUCCGCAACACCCUCCAAGGCAAACUCGAGGAGCGUCUCCCCCUCCUCGGAAUUCGGCUGCCCGACCGCCUCACGCGCGCGAGGCCGCACGCCCAGCGCGCGCUCGAAGCUAACGCGCGCGCACUCACCACACCACACGACUUGCACGCUACCAUACUGGACGUGUUGGAUAUGAGGCAACAUUGGAACCCAUAUAAAGUGCGAGGGGCGGAUUAUACUAGAGCAUUAACCAUGCUGGAACCAAUCCCGCGCAACCGCUCCUGUAGCGAGGCCGGCAUCGAGCCGCAUUGGUGCGCUUGCGUCGCGUGGCAAAACGUGUCCACCGACGAUCCCUUCUACGAGAAGACUGCACACGCCCUCCUCAACUACAUCAACUCGCUCGUUGCUGCUGUCGGUGAGCUCUGCAAACCCCGAACCCUGUCCUCGACGGCCUGGGUGCUCCGCCAGCGUGCCAACAGCCGGCUCCUGGCGUUCAAAAAGGCCCGUGAUGCUGAUGGCUAUGUCGGACACUUCAACGCCAACACUAAAGUAGUCAACGAGAACUAUCAAAUUAAGAUAGUAGUAGGCCCAGGACACGGUAUCUACGAGGCGUCGAUGACGUAUCUAGUCAACGAGGACAAGUUUAUGAUCCAUACGAGGGACAUAUCGAGGACAAACGCGUACAGCACCGAGCCAGACUGCAUCAGCAAACUGCAUCCGCACUUAAAUCCGUACUGCUACUGCCGCUGACAUCCACCAAUAAUAGUAUUACCCUACAGAAAUAACACUUCCUACAAAACCGAAGUUUGAUAGCGAUUCAGGGACGAAUAUUGAUGUCCCUUUCUAAUGCAGGGAUCUAUCCCUUUCGGCUAUUUAGGGUUGUCAAAAUUCAAGUAAUUAUCUUAUCUGUGGUCGUGCACGCAAAGGGACGUCAAGUUGUGCCAACCCUAAUAAUUACUCGGAGCAAUACUGAACCGAAUGGAGCCGAGAAUACCCGAAAGAAGGAGUGUCGCCCCACUAUCAAUAGGGCGAAAUUUACAUGAGCGGCAUAGCACACUGCGACCGAGCGGGAUGUCGCUAUAAUGCGCGCAUAGCGAUGUCUCGCCCAAACUUCGGAGCGACGCGCGAAUCGGACGCAGUGUGCUAUGCCCCUUAGGCCCAUUUCGUAACCUCUCCUAAGUUACGAAUCGAGAACAAUCCCAGUGAUGGUGUUCAAAAGUACCGCGUAAACAGAUACCUUCAAACAUAUCAAUAGUUACAAUAAUUGACUUUUCCAAACCUUUCUAAAUUUUUUUAAAACUUUCUGUGACUUGACUGUGAUUUAUAGAUUUAAGCAUUAUUAAUGUUAAAGUACCUAAAACGGAUUGUUUUAACCAAUGAAUGAAUCUUUGUUCUGUAUAAUAAAUAUUUAAUAUUUUUAUCA